AUGCAACUCCUCACCGUCCUCGCCGCAACUGCGGUUGUAAACACCGUUCUUGCUGUCCAGCCUGUUGUUCAAGAACUGGAGAAAAAGACUCCCGACAAGCACAGCCGUUGGUGGAGAUCUAGACAUGCUGGCCACGAACACGAUGGAGAUAGUCAACAUACCGGAAAUGAAGAAUCGGUUUCUGAAGUCCCUACCUUUGAUGACCCAAUGAUCUCCUCAACCUCGAUAUCCUCCACCGUCGACACGGCAGCAACUUUCACCUUUGCCGGGUAUCCUUAUAUGGCCGAGCAAUCCAUCUCGACUAGUUCAAUCAUCGCUUCCAGCUCUGCACUCAGCUCGGCAAUUCCAUCAUACCGCUACCCAAACACCACAAAAUGCUCCGUAACAAGCAGUCUACCAGCUACCUCGUCGAGCAUUGUAUCUUACAGCUACCAAAAAACCACAGAGGACCCAACAACAAGCACUGUACCAGCCAGCUCAUCGAAUAUUGCGUCCUACAGCUACCAGAAAACCACAGAGGACCCAACAACAAGCACUGUGCCAGCGAGUUCAUCGAGCUUAGUAGCCUACGUCUACCAAAACCUCACAGAAAGCUUCUCAACGAGCACCGCGCCAGCAACUUCAUCGAGCAUGGCUUCCUACAUCUACCAGAAUACAACAGAGAGCUCUCUAACGAGUACCGCGCCAGCCACUUCAUCGAGAAUGGCGUCAUACAGCUACCAAAACACAACAGAGGCUCCUCCCACAAGUACCGUACCAGCUACUUCAUCCAGUAUAGCAUCUUACGUCUACCAAAAUACCACAGAAGCUCCUCCCACAAGUACCGUACCAGCUAACUCAACAAGUAUGGCAUCCUACAGCUACUUUAACACCACAGAGGCCCCUCGAACAAGCACUGUAUCAGCUAGCUCAUCGAUGAUAUCAUCCUACAGCUACCCAAACACUACACACACCUACACUUAUCCCAACACAACUUCGGCCUACUUCACCAACUCCUCGACCGUCUUCCCAACCUCAACUUCAGCUUGCUCUGUCUCCGCCUUGACCAGCACAUUAACGGUAACCGAGAGCAUAACCACAACAUUCACAUACUCACCAUCCCGCGCCUCGAACUACACCUGGAUCACAAGCAUGUCUUCAUCAACACAUUCGCCUGCGCCGUUCCUAAACGUUACGGUUACAUUCAAUGCUAGCCAGACCUCGAACUUCACCACAUUCAAGGCGAGCUCAUAUUACUCGACCAAAGUGCUAUCUACCAUACUAGCAUCCACCACCGCUUCCGAGAAGUCCUCAGCAGUAUCAUCAAGCAUCUUCGAAGUCAUUCCAACAUCCAUCCUUGUCUCCGCAGAUCCAAUCUACGUGGCCCCAACAAGCGCCGUCUUGCACCCCACCACGACAGCCUCGCAAACCACUACAGUCGUAGAAGGUGAGGCCACGGGUGUGCCUGACCCAACUGCUUUCCAUUGUGGUGUUCACGGAUUGCCAAUUGGAUUGUAUAAGAUUGCGGAGUAUUGGGAGGAGAAAGCUGGUGUGGAUGUUACUCUUGAGGGGUGUUAUGAGUUCUGUGAGGCCAAUAGCAAGGGAUGUUUCUCCUACUCCUUCUACCACGAAGCAGGAACCGAUGAUGCGAGAUGCGAUCUCUUUGGUGGCAGUGUGGCAGACAGCUUGGAUAGCAUCAUCAAGGAAGUGCCUCGGGUAUGGUACGAUGUUGGAUGUGGAAAUCCUCUUCUCUUGAACUGA